UAAUAAAAAAAACAUAUAUUUUCAGAAAGUCAGACAACAUGGGUUUAGAGGAAAACUUCACAGCUUCAGCAAACCAAGCAAGAGGUUUUACAAAAAGACCACCCGAUGCGGAUUGUUUAGAAGUGUAUGCGCUGUAUAAGCAGGCUACUGUGGGAGACACUAACACUGCCAAGCCAAGUGGAGGUGAACUUCUCUCUAAGUGGAACGCUUGGAACAGCAAAAAGGGCAUGACACAAAAACAAGCUAAAGAACAGUAUAUUGCCAAAGUAGCUGCCCUGGCACCAAAAUAUGCAUAAAUCUUGAGAAUAUUAAGUUUUUUUUUCAAAAAUAAUUUUUUACUUUUAAAAGCUAAA